AUGGCCAAUGCUCCAGCGAUUCAGCAGCUUCAGACAUCCAUACCCUUGCAGCCUGGUAUCGUCAAUCCUCACAUAAUCACCAGCAGCAGCAGCAGCAGCAAGCAACAACAACUACAACAGCAGCAACAGCAGCAGCAGCAGACGAUCCAAUCCCAAGCUCCGUCAUCGGUUAUGCAACCUCAACAGCCUCCUCAGCAACAGCUUCAACAGCAACCACAACAGUCGCCUGCCCAAAUCCAACAACAUCUCCCGCACCAGUUCCAUCAGCAAAAAUCGCAGGUGGGGAUUCCACCUUUCCAAGUCGGCCAGCAAGGGGUCGGCGCCGAUUCCGCCACAACGUUGCAGCAACAUCAGUCCAACUUGAUAGCUUCCAACUUGCAAGAUUCCACCGCUUCCCAACCCAGCACUCAGCCCGGAUCGAGCCCGACGCCUUUGGGAUCUACUCAGGGCCAGCCUGUUGCGCAUCAGUUCGUCGAGAAUCUGAAGAUGGACGUUAUCAUUCAGCAGCACAAACGAAUGCAAAAACAGAGCCUCGCUUCCCAAAACAAAGCCAUGCCCAGCAACCCCAUGCAAUCGGGCAGCCAGGUAUCACAACCCUCUCCUCAGAUGGCCUCGCAAAUACUUGGCGCUUCUGCCAACCAGACUCAUCAGAAGCUGGGAGAUCUUACCGGAGGCAUGUCACCCUCGCCUCAAAUCUCAGCGAACAACCUUGUCGCUGCAUCGCUCAAGCCAAUUUUUCAGCAAAUUCCUCAAAAUGCACUCAUGGCUGGCUCGAUUGCACAAGUUGCGCCGCAACAGGCUCACCAGCACUCGCAGCAGUUUCAAGCUCACGUUCGCGCUCAGGCCCAGGCUCAAGCUCAAGCCCAAGCUCAGGCCCAGGCUCAAGCUCAAGCUCAAGCUCAAGCUCAAGCUCAGGCUCAGGCUCAGGCUCAGGCUCAAGCUCAGGCGCAGCCUCAACAGAUGUCGGCCCAUGCCCAAUUAUCUCAGCAGGGCCCGUUGGCGUCGCAGCAGAAUCAACAGAAUCAGCAAAAUCAGCAGCCCCAGCAGCUUCAACAACCUCAGCAGCCUCAACAACCGCAGCAGAAUCAGCAGCCUCAACAGACCCAGUCAUCGCCACAGCUGUUGCUGCAGCCGGGCCACGAGCAAUCCCAGUCGAAUGUCAUGCAGAAUGUCAUGCAGAAUGCCGUGCAGAAUGCCAUGCAGAAUGCCAUGCAGAAUGCCGUGCAAACGCCGGGGCUUACCAACCUCAAUACCGCAGCGACACCCAGCCAGUCGUGGGGAAUCGCUCAGUUGGGCCCCGUGCGACAAAAGAUGCAGAUACAAUUCUUCAACUUGUACCGAAGCAUGGUUGCUCCUGAUAGCCUGAGUCAACAAAUGAGCCAAGCUAUGCAGCGUCGCGCUUUGAUGAUUGAAAACUCGAUCUUUGAAAAGUCUGCUUCUGUUGAAAACUACAUCCAACAGGUUGAGGUGGCCUUGCGGAUGGAACAGCGUGACAUCCUGGCCCGUACCCAACGUAGCAAUGCCGCCGUGUCCGGCUCGGCCCCCGCACCUGUCUUUACACAAGUCCAAACCACUCAGCCUCUGGUACAACCCUCCAGCUCCAUAUCCCUACCCGGUGUGGUCCCGUCACCCACACCCCAGCCCUUCCAAUCCGAGUCCACGCCAGAGCUUCCCCAGGCUAUCUAUUCCCAAAGCAUGGCACCUACCACUCAGCCGCGCGCGUCCCCGAGCAUCGUAAAAUCACAGGUGUCGGUGGCUUCCCCGUCACUUGGUUCGGCCGCGCUUGCCGGCACACCAGUACCGGCCCCUGUUGCGGAUACUGUAGUUCCGGGCAUGGCGCAACCCUCCUUGGCCAAUCAUCAGGCUACUUUGAGCAUGAAGGCGCAGCUUGUCAACCUGGGGAUGUCGUUGCCCCAGCAACAACAGCUCCAGGAAAUUAUCAAUUUGUACAGACGCAAGAUUCCACUCAAUCCGAUGCAGCAACGAGUAAUGCAACAAUACUUUGCCCGUUUACAAGCUCAGAAUUUGGUAACCCUCAACCGGAUACAGCCAGAUCCUUCCCAGCCACAGCCACAGCCACAACAACAGCCUCAACCUCAGCCUCAGCCACAGCUACCCACUACACUGCUCACAUCCGUAACCACGGCUGCGAAUCCGACUCCGGCUGCGCUGACCGAUGUGGACCCCAUCGUCAAGGAGGAGUUUCAAAGGCAUGGCAAGGCGUCCACAUCUCAGAUGCCAUCGCCCGGCACAUUCAGCCAAGUACCACGGAUCACCGAGAAGAUUCUACCGGCUGAGGAGGCGCAGCUGGUCCAGGUUCGGGCGAUGACGAUUGCCGUCAAAGAGCUCGCUUUGGAAGGCAAAUACUCUUCGAUGCUCAUACAUAUCCAUGAAGCCCUGCCAGACAAAUUUUACAUCGAUUCUAAGGAGCUUCAGCGCUACUUUGCCAUGAUCACCGAAAUCAACUACAUCAUUGAGGCGUGCAAACGUCAGCGGCUUCAAGCCAGGCUGCCCGUUAAUGUGAUGCCUAUUCAGCUACACCCGCUGAUCACCGAAUACAGGCUUGGCGGCAGCAACGCAGUUCCGCCGGCUCCCGAAACGCGACAGCAAUCGGAUCUGGAGAAGGAAGCCCAUGAGCAUGUCCACAGCGUCAGUCAAGCCAUCCGACGCAGGGCUAUUCCAACCCCAAUUCCAGCACCCGAAUCGUCCAAAUCGACUAGUGCACCUCCACAGCCGGUACCGGCCCCGUCGAACGGCUUACUCGACACCUCGACACAGAACCCAGUCAACUCCAAGAUCGAAAGCUCCGUACUCAAAACCAAGCGCCAAUCAAGGCCCACGAAGGAUAGGCUAGCACACCAGGGCACUACCUCGGCGCUCGGAGUUCUUUCGGAUGAAUCGGGCCCUGUGGUCAAACCCGAGCCUGUCGUCAAACUCGAGCCUGUCGUCAAACCCGAGCGUGUCGUCAAACCCGAGCACGCCUCCAAGAACCAAGAUAGUACCUCUAUGGCCAUCAGUGACUUUGCUUCUCGCAUCGCACCCAUCCCGCCUGCACUGGUUAGUGGGACACCUUCGUUAGUUCCGGGCCCUGUUCUGCCCACGCCUUCGCUUGCCUCCGCCAGUCCACUCCCGGUACCGUUCCCGGCGCUCACGCCACCCCCGACAGCGACCCCGGGACUGGCAGCAUCGUCAAUUCUGCUGAUGGAUCCCAUGGACUCGUCGUCAAGUGUACCCCUUGUCAAUGAGAUCGGAAACAUCUUUGGCAGCGGUCCGGGUCAGGGUCUGCUUUCGGACGUGCCCGAAGACUUGAACCUCGACGAUGCAACAGAUGCCUACUUUGACUCGUUCAUCGAUUUUCCAGGCGAGGAUCUGUCUCAGGAUGGCGACACCAGCAACUCGCUGGCUGGAAUUGCCCUUGGAAAGCGCUCGGCAGAAGAGUUUGACCGCGGCGACAUAUCUAUGGGCCUCGAUCGAUCUGUGCGACAGCGGAUGCUUGAGACGAGUGGCAGCGACGUGCUAAGCCAUCUCGCCAACGGUAGCUACCUGUCCACCCCCAAGGAAGAGUCGUCAGCAACCUCGCCGAUGGCCUCCUCACUAGACCUGACCGACGAGCUCAACGAAUGUCGGGAAAAGUACGGCAUCGAAAGCGAGCUCAUCAACAACGAUGAACUGCUUCCGGACUCGGCAGCAAUGCAUACAGACCUGGAUGAUUCGGCCGACUCUGCGACGGUCGUGUGUCGAUCAAAGAGUCCCGAGUUCACGAUGAUCUUUCGCUUCGACAGCGUGCGCGAGUACAACCGCACGCAUUCCAAGUAUACUGUGCACGUCGAUGGAAGCUGUCAGUUUCCUUCGCCGGAGCAGCCAAAGAAUGCCUCUCUCAAGGGCCUGGUCGGCUUUGACAUUCAAACGCUUGCAACUCUGACCUCCGACGACCAGCUCGCUCAGAAAAUCGUGGAUCGUGGCCGGAAAAUGCGGUUGGAUGGCGACAGUCGGGUACUGGACAUUAUGAAGAUGGCAAUCCUGGAAAUCAACGAGAGCGCCAAGAAAUAG